GGAGUUUCAGAGCUGCACUGAAGUGAAGACAGAAGUGUGUGAAGACAUCUUUCUCUGAUAUCACCGCUUCCAACAGAAGAGAUCACCAUGUUCCUUUCUACUGCUUCUAUUACAGCCCUGCUACUCACUCUGUCUGGUAUGGAAGCUCUCGUACUGACCCAGGAAAAGUCCCUCUCUGUGAACCUGAGAGAUAAUGUGAAAGUCUCCUGUGUUGUUAGUGAUAGCUCUCAGACCUGGACAAUUUCAUGGUACCGACAGAAGGCUGGAGGUGGCCCAAGUUUUUUGCUUGCUGACACCACAAGAGCAGCUGGGCUUCCUAACAGGUUCACAUAUUCUGAACCUGGAUCUGGCUAUACUGAGUAUCUACACAUCAAUGAAAUCACGGCUGAGGAUGAGGCAGUGUAUAUCUGUGCUUGCGUUCAUAGAAAGUGUGGACAUGGUACCAAGUUUGGACAAGGAACUGAAGUCACCCUUGCCCGUCCUCCAUCACCCCCUUCUCUGGUCCUGAUGGCCCCAGCCCAGGCCCCUCUCUCYGGGGACAAGACCACCCUGGUGUGCCUGGCGCAGGGCUUCCACCCUGACGGUGCCUCUMUGUCCUGGUCUGAUGACGGUGGCUCUCUGACGGGUGCUGAGAUCCAGAAGGGCGAGUCUCAGCGCCAGGCUGACGGCACGUACACCCUGAGCAGCCUCCUUAGUCUGCCCUCGACACGCUGGAGCUCCGGACAGACCUUCACUUGUCACCUGAGCCACUCAGCACUGACCAACCCACUGAGCAGGAGUGUGAACAACGGGCAAUGUUCAAUGUUCGGUUAGUCUUGCAUUUCCCCCACUAAUGGUUAAGAUUAGGAUUGAGGGAGGGGAAGCUGAUCCUAGAACUGUCCCUAGGGCCCC